AUGGCCAUGGCGCUGGAGAUGCCAUCUGCUGUGCGCGCGCUCAUAAUGCGACUCGAUGUACAAGACAAUAACACGGCGGAGGAGACGCACUUCGAUCAGACGGAAUCGAUCACCGCCGCCGCCGUCGGCUCCUCGCCGUCCACCAGCCUGUACAAGUUCAAGCUGAGCCGGCCCAACGGCCGGUGGCAGUACAAGACCACCCCGAAGCCCCGCAUCAACAUCCGGCGCCAGGACGGCGACGCCGUCACGCCCGCGCCCCAGAGCCUGCCCCAGCAGGAGAUCGGCACCAGCUUCUCGACGUCCGUGUCCAGCUCGUCGUCCUCGCCCAACGCUGUCAACCCCGAGCAGGGCGACAUUGAACCGGCAGCGAGCAGCGACCCCGACGCGCCCGAGCAGGACGCGGCCGCGGAGGACGGCGUGGAGCCGCAGCCCGCGCAGCCCCAGCAGGAGACCAUCAAGGUGUCCAUUUCCACCCCGGCCGACUUCAAGGACACCUACUACGAGAUCGCCACCAUUCGCUCGCCCUACACCUUCCAGGUCGGGCAGAACAAGAACACGCGCUUCAUCACAGUCACCUCCACCUACGAGCGCACCCUGGAGCCGACCACCACGGUGGAGGCCAUCCAGCCCACACUGUCGCCGUCCGAGCCCCUGACGGAGAACAUUCUUGCGUCCACCACGGCCACCGCGUACGACAAGAGGCUCGCCCUGGAGGCCGCCACUCUGGCCACGCUGCCCCCUAUCCAGCUGGCGCCCGAUCAGGCCACUCCUCCGCUGCAGACCGAGACUGAGACCUUCUCCACCACCCAGGUGCUCCUCAAGACCCACAUCCUGCCUGUGGUGCGCGGCCCUCAGAACACCACCCUCUACACCCUGGUGCAGACCUACAGCGUCACCAGGCUCGUCACCGCCAUCAAGACUUUGCCGCCCAUGGAGGUGUACCAGUUUGUCCCGAGCAAAACGCUGACGGAUCUCAACACCCGGCUGGACGAGGCCGGCUCGGAGCUGCACCUCGAGCUCGACUUCGGCGACGACGGCAACGGCGAGGACAACGACGACGACGAGAACCCCGCCGCCGUUAUGGCCAGGAUCGCGCCCGAACUCGACCUCGCGAAUGUCGGCCAGGAGUUCGACCCGUUCGACGUGGAUCGUCAGCGGCCCAAGAAGGCGCACCACAACGGUUCUCCAGCGAAUGCUGUCCAGGGCCAGGGCCCCACCGAGGCCCCCGGCACCACGCCGCCGCCCACCACCUCUAACCCCGCGCUCAGCCCCGAGCAGCUGCAGCAGCUGGCCCUGCUCCGCUUCCUCAACCCGCAGGCCGCGGCCGCGCUCGGCCCGCAGGUCAUCACCACCUCCAAGCCCGUGCUCAAGGUCGAGACUCUGUACGAGUCGCACGUGAUCCCGGUGUUCAACGGCCUGGUGACGUCGCUGUCGACGCUGUCGCGGCCCGUGUCCACCGUCACGCGCACCGAGUACGAGCUGGCCACCUCCACGGCGCUGCCGCCGCCCGGGCUCCCGCCCCAGGCCCUGCCGCCCCCAGGCUUCCCCGCGCUGCCGUUCCCUCCCCAGGCCAACCAGUUCCAGGUCACCUCCAGCCCGCUCGUCACCCAGACCAUGGUCACCCAGACCGACUCCAAGGUGCUGAAGCUGACGUUCGGUGCCAAGACGGCCUACACGACCCUGUUCUCGACUCGCGUCGUGCCCACUCUGCUCACCACGUACCUCACCGCCAACGUGCCCGUGCAGCCCACGGCCGCGCCCUUCCCCGGCUACUUCCCCUCGCCCUUCCCCUCGUACCCGUACGUGGGCUAGGCUGGCGUUGUCAGCGCCACGACGGACUGCGCCCGAAGAUGGCCUUUUGUCACCGGCUCGGCUCCCCCGUCCCUGGAGGGCUGACUAAGGAAGCCGUUUUCGAGCGCACUCCACAGCGGACCCAGUGAGGGCGCGGGGGAGCUUAGGUGCCCCCCCGCGCUCGAGUCGCAGCGACGCGCAGCAGCGCCUCCCCCACCCCCGCCCCGCGACACUAACGCCGCAGCAACAAGCGUCGCUCUCGAGUGCCAAAGCAGGAAACCUGAUGUUCGUUCCAAAUUGAAGUGGACCUUGCGAUAUUCCGACCGACCCGCGACGGGGAUGGAGCGUUACCGUUUCCCUCCCCGGGGGGUGGGGCUGCUCGCGGGGCUUUGCGGGGCCCCGCGCGCCUCGGGCCUAGCGCUGGCACCUGUUACGAGUGCCUCUUCUUAUGCCCGGUGAGGAACGAGAGGAUCGAUACGGUGUCGCGUCGAUCUGACGUCGAACCGGCGUUAAUUGACACGUCCGCGCGACGUUACAUCGACGCUUGAUUCGACCGCCCGUUUCAUACAGGGUUUUGAUUGGCGCGCAGAAGGUAGAGUAGAUGUGACCGGAAGUGAGUAGAAAGAAAAUACUAGAAUCUCACGGUAAAAAAGUAUUAUUUAUUUUUAGAAUUUGAUUUUCUUGAAUAGGUGGUGCCGCCAUGAACGUGUUUCUUUCAAGUCGCAUUGUAAUAAAAUAGUACAAAUUGUAUUGUGUUAGAGUAUGAAAAUUCCCCACUGCUUUAUUUGGCGGCAACCCAGU